AUGAAGAGGCUCAGCAGCAAAGGCAGGCGCCGCGGUGGGCCUCGCGGGGAGGCUGCUGCUGCUGCUGCUGGCCGCGGUGGCGGCUAUCGGAUGAGAAACAGCAGCGUUGAUGCUGCAGCAGCAGAUGCACACAACGAUGAAACAUUUGCUCUCGAUAACCCCAUCGGAGAUGACUGGCAGCCAGACGAGGCCCACUACAAAGAAUUUGAACUCCAGAAGCAGCAGCAGCAGCAGCAGCGGCAGCAGCAGACGGAGCAGCAGCAGACCACUUCAUAUUCACACCAUUUAGAUGAGAUGCCUCACCAGCGCUUCGAGCUGCCUGAGUUCUUUAGCACCGACGCCAGGGGGCAGCCAGUGGAUGUUCUUCUUGAGUCUCUUGAACCUGAGACGGAUGAUGCUGCAGCUGCUGGCAGCAGCAGCAGCAGCAGCAGCUGCGGACCCAUGUUGGAAGCCCCCUUCGACGCUCUGCAUGCAGGCCCUUCCCUGGGGCAGUUCCCACAUGGACUGCAGCAAGACAUGCACCUGCAGCAGCAGCAGCAGCAGCAGCAGCAGCUGCACCCACUGCAGCAUCUGCAGCAGCAGGUGCCGCCUCACUAUCAACACCACGUCAGCAACUCAGCAGCAGCAGCAGCAGCAGACCCGUUGCCUCCCAAGGGCCCGUGUAUGCAGUCUCUGCUCUGCGCAGAUGCAGAGAAGCUGCUGCGCCCACCUCCUGGCUUUGAUGGGGAAGGCGCGCUGCUGCAGCAGCAGCAGCAGCAAGCAGCAGCAGCAGCAGCUGCUGCUGCUGCUGUCAGCAGAGACCCAGCUGUCUUGAUGGCGGAGACUGCAGAGGGCGUGGCAUCCCACUUUGCGUGGACGCCAAGCAGCAGCAGCAGCAGCAGCAGCAACACAGGACCAAUGCGUGAGCUGGUAGGGGCUCAGGAGGGCGCUUUUGCUGCUGCUGCUUCUGCUGCUGCCGCUGCGAUGGAAGCUGCUAACCUUCGGGUUGGGCUCGACCGGCCGGUGCAGCUGCAGCAGCAACAGCAGCAACUGCAACAUCAACAGCAGCAAGCUGCUGCUGCCGUUUUGCCUAGGUGGAAUGGCCCGGAAGAUUUGUGGACCUCAGCUGACCAGCAGCAGCAGCAGCAGCAGCAGAUGUUACUGCUGCAGCAGCAGCAGCGCGGUCUCUGUGGGAGUGUCAUGGGUGGUCCACCAGGCAUGCAGCAGCAGCAGCGAGAACCGUUGCUGCAGCAUGAGGUUCUGGAGCAACAGCUGCUGCAGCGGCAGCAGCAGCAUUUGCAGCAGCAGCAUUUGCAGCAGCAGCAUUUACAGCAGCAGCAUUUGCAGCAGCAGCAUUUGCAGCAGCAUUUACAGCAGCAGCAUUUGCAGCAGCAGCAGGUUGGCAUCCCAGAAAGGAACUCCCCAGCGGGAAAGCACGUAUCCCCGCAGCACUUUCAGCAGCAGCAGCAGCUGCUGCAGCAGCAGCUGCUGCAGCAGCAGCAGCAGCAGGAGAGAGAGCAAAGGGCUUCAAGGGGUUUGCCUGAGAGGCCGAGGGGCGGAGACAUGCGAUCUUCUGGGGCUGCUCACGGUCGGCUGCCGCAUGCAGCAAGCAGCGUGGAUCAGCAGCAGCAGCAGCAGCAGCAGCAGCAGGCACAGCAGCCGCGUGUGCGCACUCAGCAGCAGCAGCAACAGGCGCAACAGCAGCCGCAGCCACAGCGCCGCAGGCAGCAGCAGCAGCAGCAGCAGCAGCAGCAACCAGCGCAGCAGGAGAAGGGGCGACGGCAUCCGAAGCAGCAGCAGGAGUUGCAUGUUCCGAACGGCAGCAGCAGCAGUAGUAGCAGAAGCAGCAGCAGCAGCAUUAUAUGGCCUCCGCCCAUAGUCCCUAUGACUCGGGGGUUAGUGGAUUAUAUAAUUAAAGAAAAGAUUGAAGACGGCAGCAAAUGGUUUGGUGCUGUACCAGAUGCCUCUCCAGCAACACCUGCAACAACUCCCAGCCCUAACCCCAGCAGCAGCAGCAGCAGCAGCAGCAGCAGCAGCAGCAGCAGCAGGGGCGGUGGCGGCGGUGGUGACGACGGGGGCAUUAGCAGGAGCAGGAGCAACAGCAGGAGCAGUAGCAGCAGCAGCAGCAGCAGCAACAGCAGCAGCAGCAGCAGCAGCAGCAGCAGCGGGUUUAUGACGGCUCACGACUUUGAUGUUAUUCUGAGGGUGCAGCUCUCACAAACUUCGCGGCGCCCUGAGCUGCAGAAAUACACCGGGAGAUGGAACUUCCGUUGCAUGCGCAGCAGCAGCAGCAGCAGCAGCAGCCAAAUGCCCUUUGAACUUGAGAGCUCUUUGAAGCAGCUCGCACAGACAGCAGGGACCCUCGGGACGCCUGCUGCUGCUGCAGCAGCAGCAGCUGUUGCUGCUGCUGCUGAUGCAUCGCCUUCUGAUGUUCAUACUCUUGUCAGCAACUCGUGCAUGCACCGGAAGCUGCUGGGCUCUAUCUCAGCUGCUGAAGCAGCAGCGCUGCUGGAGGCAGCAGAGAAGGAGCAGCAAUUGCCUCCGGAUGCUGCUGCUGGUGCAGAAGCAGCUGCUCCUGCUGCGGCGAAGGCUCAGGCGGCCGCUGCUGCAGGCUCUGCUGCCUCAGAGGCUGCAGAAACGCAAACUCCUGAAGGCAGCAGCAACAGCAGCAGCAGCAGCAGCAGCGGGGUGCACAAGAAGUUUGGGCGCGUGGCGUAUGCAUCUAUCCGACACCCUCGGAAUGCAAUUCAUAUAGACAGGCGUUCACAGCAAGAAGAAGAUGCUUCAGACACUUCUGCUGCUGCUGCUGCUGCUGCAGUCGCCAGCAGCAGCGCAAAUGGCGCCAUUAAACAACGCCCCACACAAGAGCUCGUCAGACAGCUGUCGCUGGGGGCACCGGGGCUGAGCCCGCUGCAGUCUUCUUUAGCCGUGCAGUCUAUAGUGGAGGACUGCCACGACAUCCGCCUCACUGCUUCAGCGCUGCUUGCAGAGCUCGAGGAGUGCCCAGCAGGCCACGUGGCAGCUCGCGGCCGUUUGCAGCAGCAGCUGCAGCACACGCUGCAGCAGGCAGCUGAAUUGUUGCUGCUGCGGCACUGCUGCUGCACCCUUGCGCCUCCAAUGCCUUAUCUUCUUGAUUUCUGGGCUCCUGCGUGCUGCUCCUCCCCUUCGGAGUACGUCGUUAGGUUGCGGCAGCACUACCUGCGGCAGCAGCAGCAGCAGCAGCAGCAGCUGCAGCAGCUGCAGCAGCAGCAGCAGCAAGAGGAGGAGGGUUUUAUGGGGGUGUUGCCUUCGGACUUGAGCCUUUCGUUGUCUCAAGGGCGCCGCAGCAGCAAAUGGAUGCUCGAGAACGUGGCCAGCAGCAGCAAGAGUAUGAAGCUGCUGCUGGGGUUGCUGCCGCUGCUGUCAGACCCUUGCGUCUCUUGUCUUCUGCAGGGGCUGCUGCUGUGCUCUGAGAUAUUAGAAGGGGUUUUCGCUGAAGCAGAUCGUGUCCUCCUUGCUGCAACAGCAGAGGCAGCAGCAGCAGGAGCAGCAGCAGGAACAGCAGCAGCAGGCGCAGCAGCAGGCAGUGAAUUUAGCAUUAGUUUGUUUGAGGAGGUGUUGAAUUCAACAGGGAUAUCUCCUGCUGCAGUUGCUGCCGUUGCGAAGGGGAGUUUGCUGCAUUUGCUGCUGCAUGCAUCGCCGGGGUUCGAACGCGGGUCUCUCUGCUUCUAUUUGCUGCUGGGGGCCCUGCGGGUCUUCAGAGCAGCAGGGCCCUCAAGAACAGCAGUGCUUUGCAGCUUUUUAGAUAUCUUAGGGGGGGGAGACAGGGGAUUGACACACAUAGCCAAGCAUGCAACGGGAGCCUGCUUCCUUUCAUUGCUGAUGCUGCAUCUUCCUCGCGCUGAGGGGACGGCAAAUUUGGGUCAAAUGAAAGUGAUUACACGUUUCCUUCGUCUUGUAACAGACGCAUUAGUCUUCUUAUUGCAUAGGGACGCCGGCCAGGAGGCCAACAAACAGCAGCAGCAGCAGCAGCAGCAGCAAGUGCUGCUGCAGCGGCUGCGGCCUCUAAUCCGCAGCCUGCUGCAGCAGGCAAGGCACUGCCCCGCAUGGGCUGCAACAAUAACGACGCAAGCGAUGAGUUCGCUUGGUGAGGCUUCCGCUCGCGACUUCCUCGCUUCUCUCGUAGCUGCUACGGAGUUCUAG